ACAGUUAGUCAGACACCUGGGUAGCUUGCUAGACAAAAUAGCCCAACCAAUAUUGCUCUUUAGACGCUUUAGUGUAUUUUAGCCACUGUGUUUUAAACCCACUCCUGUCGUCUAGUUAGUUAUCCGAUUUCAUUUCAUAUUUAUAGUAUUGUUAUUAGUCAGCUUGCGGUCUGGUUAAGUUUGCAUUAGCCUAGAUAACAUCCUCGACCAUGCGUUCACUAAGCUACUCUCCUGAUGAAGAGGAGGAAGAUAUCACAGUAAAAGGAGAGGAGGAAGAGAAAGAGGGUCUGUGGCUGAACAUUUUCGUGAAAGAGGAGAAUGGAGAGAAGGAUGUUACAAUACAAAAACAAGUAGAGGGUGAGGCUGUUACAGUGAAAGAAGAAGAGAAAGACGUUUCAGUGAAAGAAGAGGGAGACGCGUUCAGAGUGAAAGAGGAGGAGGAUGUUACAGUAAAAGGGGAGGAGGAUGUUACAGUAAAAGGGGAGGAUGAAGCAGUUUAUAGAGUGAAAGAGGAGGGGGAGAUGACUGUUACAUCGGAAGAGGAUGAGGAAACUGGAUAUCUCGGCCCAGUUUCCCAAACGCAUCUUAAGGCAUCCAAUGGUUCUAACAAUGAAUUUAGCCAUACAAUGGUUUUGAGAAACCGUUCCCGGAUUAACACUAGAGAGAGACGGGACUAUUGUGGAUCCUCUGGUGAGCCUCAACAACCUCAUGAUGCUGACAGGGCAGAGAAGAGUCUCUCCAGAUCAGAACACCUCAGGAAACGCCUGCAGAGACCCACAGGGAAGGGAACUCACUGCUGCUCUGACUGUGGGAAGAGAUUCACCUCAUCAGGCAUUAAACUUCAUCAGAGAACACACACAGGGGAGAAAUAUUAUAGCUGUGAUCAAUGUGGGAAGAGUUUUGGUCGAUCUUGCCAUCUGACUCAACACAAGACAAUACACACAGGUGAGAGACCGUUUAGCUGUGAUCAAUGUGGGAAGAGUUUUGGUCACUCUGGAGAGCUGACAGUGCACCAGAGAGCACACACGGGAGAGAAACCUUACAGCUGUGUUCAAUGUGGGAAGAGUUUUGAUCGAUCUGACAAUCUGACUAGACACCAGAGAAUACACACAGGUGAGAAAUCUUACAGCUGUGUUCAAUGUGGGAAGAGUUUUGGUCGAUCUUGCCAUCUGACUCAAGACAAGAGAAUACACACAGGUGAGAGACCGUUUAGCUGUGAUCAAUGUGGAAAGAGUUUUGGUCACUCUGGAGAGCUGACAGUGCACCAGAGAGCACACACGGGAGAGAAACCUUACAGCUGUGUUCAAUGUGGAAAGAGUUUUGGUCAAUCUGGAGAGCUGACAGUGCACCAGAGAGCACACACGGGAGAGAAACCUUACAGCUGUGUUCAAUGUGGGAGGAGUUUUGGUCGAUCUGGCCAUCUGACUAGACACCAGAGAAUACACACAGGUGAGAAAUCUUACAGCUGUGUUCAAUGUGGGAAGAGUUUUGGUCGAUCUGGCCAUCUGAUUAGACACCAGAGAACACACAGGAGAGAAAUCUCAUAGCUGUGAUCAGUGUGACAAGAGAUACUCUGAUAAAAGAUCUCUGAUCAAACAUCAGAAAAUACAUACAUGAAGGUGUUGUUUCGUGAUAUCAAUGAAAUGAUGUCACAAUAUAGAAUAUUUAAACAUUGUAGUAGGAGUAUUUUUAAGGAAUUUCACAAUGUAGAACCCUAAACGUUUGCCUCAUUGAAUAGAUUUCAGCGUAAUAUGGAUAUUAGCCUCGGGGGAAAUCCAGGCUCUGAAUUGAAAGAGUACUAUUUAUGUGACUUAACAAAAAUUGAUUCACAAAAAAAGAGCUGUGUUACACUUAUCAUGUUGGUGACCCGCUUGAAUCAAAAUACAACACUUAAAUUCAGCUAGCUGUUUUCUACAAAUUGUCCUCUAACCAGUGAUGUACACAUUAUUCCCAGAUUCCAUGUUUUUGAGCUGUUAGUUUUAACAGGACAUGCAACGUCAUCUCCCUCCUCUCGGCACAAUUGAUUUCAACAUGAUAUCGAGGAGUGAUGACAAAUAAGUGUUGCGUUCCUUUGUUUAGCGACCCCUAAAUUGAAAUGCAUCACUCCAAAAUGUAGCUGACUGUCUUCGGCAGGUUGUCCUCUAACCAAUGAGCUAAAAGAUCUUCUAUUUCUGUGUGUUUCUUUAGUUGUUAGUUUCAACAGCAUGUACAACCUGAUUUCCCCUCUAAUCGAUAUCAGUGAUUUAUUGUUACUUGUCAAAACCACAGCGUUUUUUGUGCUUGUGUCCAUGGUGAGGACAACUUGGUUUCUGAUUGUCUCAAGGUGUGGCAGUCAAAAGUUUUGUUUUGCGUUUAGCCAGUGAGUUGCCAUGAAUCUUUUUGUGACUGCACGUUUUUCCGUUUUGGAGAUGAGUUUUGUUUGGGCUCGUUCCAAGUGGACGAGAGUUCUAGAAGCAAGUGAGUUUUAGGAAGGGAAAAAAUAAACUUUUCUUGUUUUUAAUUGUUGAUAGGCAGAAGACACCAUAUUUAAAUCGAUGAAGGUGAAGCAUUGUAGUUGAUUAGAAUGUGAAAUGGAAGUUGUUUUCUGUUGGUGGUGAGCAUUCUCUUAACCUGUUACGACUAGACGUUCCGCUACAUCCCGAUGAAAUUGCAGAGUGCGAAAUUCAAAGAAAUUAUUUGAAAUAUUUAACUUUCAAAAAAUCACAAGUGUAAUACAUCAAAAUCAAGCUUAACUUCUUAAUAAUUCAGCCACCAUGUCAGCUUUCAAAAAGGCUUUACGGCGAAAGCAAACUAAGCGAUUAUCUGAGGACAGCGCCCCAUCAUACAAAUGCAUGACCAACAUUUUUCAACCAGGGAGGUGCGACACAAAAGUCAGAAAUAACAAUAUAAUUCAUGCCUUACCUUUGAAGAUCUUCUUCUGUUGUCACUCCAAAAUCUCCCAGAAACAUCACAAAUGGUUCUUUUGUUCGAUAAAUUCCUUUGUUAUAUCCCCAAAAUGUCAAUUUAUUUGGCGCGUUUGAUUCAGAAAUACACCCGUUCCAACUCGCCCAACAUGACUACAAACAAAGUUACCUGUAAAGUUGGUCCAAACAUUUCAACCAACUUUCCUAAUCCUUCCUCAGGUAUCCUAAAACAUAAAUAAUCAAUCAAAUUUAAGACGGAAUAUACUGUGUUCAAUAGCGGAUAAAAUUAACGUGAAGUGGGCUCCAGUUUGCGCGCAAAACACAAUAGAGUCCACUUGGCUUGACACUCCGAGAACAGCUGUACUUCUUCAUUUCUCUAUAGAACAACAUCAACCAAUUUCUAAAGACUGUUGACAUCUAGUGGAAGCCAUAGGAACUGUAACCAGGUGCCUCAUAAAUAUAGUUUCCCAUAGAAUGUAUUUUGAAAACACAGUGACCUGAAAAAAAAUGUCCUGCAUGGUUUGUCCUCGGGGUUUCACCUGCCAAAUAAAUUCUGUUAUACUCACAGACAUUAUUCAACUAGUUUUCGAAAAUUCUGAGUGUUUUCUAUCCAAAUCUACAAAUAAU